AUGUCACAUGGAGACAAAAGAUUAUCAACGGCUUGGCAACGGGUCGUACAACUUGAGGAAGAAAACGAGCAUUUGGACCUCAUAAUAUUUAAAUACGAUAGUGACGACGACGAGAUAGAAGAGUUAGAGAUCAGCCGCAGCGGCCAAUCAGAAAGCAAGCGCGAUUACCCCGUGUUAGAUUUGUUGCCGGAUGACGACCACGAUGACAAUCGCAAUGUCAAGUCGAUGUCCUCAACCCCGCCAACGCAAUUCGCACAACAAGUAACCGCCGGUUGCGAGAUCCCGGCGCGUCUCGGCAUUCUCUACAAACUCAUCAACCAAUGCACCUCGCAGGGACGGUACGAGAUCGCUAUGCCGCUGUGCAAGCAGGCGUUAGAGGACUUGGAGGAGACCUACGGACAUGACCAUCCGGAUGUGGCGACCAUGAUGAACUUACUGGCGGCGCUCUACAGGGGCCAGAACAAGUACAAGGAGGCUGCUUACCUAUUGCUCGAUGCACUCUCCAUCCGUAAGAAGACGCUCGGUGAGAACCAUCCCGCCGUUGCCGCUACACUUAAUAACCUGGCUGUUAUUUAUGGAAAAGGAGGAAAGUACCGUGAGGGUGAACUUCUGUGCAGACGUGCACUCCGCAUCUGCGAGACAGUGCUGGGCUGCGACCACGUCGACAUCGCCAAGCAGCUCAACUAUGUUGCUCUACUCUGCCAGAAACAAAAAAAAUAUGAAGAAGCGGAACAGUUUUACCAGCGCGCUUUGGAGAUAUACGGAAGCGAACUCGGCCCCGAUGACCCUAACUUCGCUAAGACUAAGAACAACCUCGCUUCAUGCUAUCUCGAACAGGGCAAGUACAGAGAGGCGGAGGCGUUACAAAAGCAAGUGCUAACGCUAGCGCACGAACGGGAAUUCGGAACCAUCGACGGCGACAACAAGCCCAUCUGGUAAAUGGCGGAGGAGCGUGAGAAGAACAAACGCCUCCAGAAGAAAGCUGCCAAGAUAUUCCACUCAACGAGGAUAACAACCAUCCUGAAGAACAUGAGCGCGCUGUACGUCCGCCGGGGCAAGUACGAGGCCGCCGAGAUGCUCGUGGACUGCUAAUAUUGUAUCGUACACGUAAAUUUGUUAAAAAUAAUGUAAUUACUAAUGCACUAAAGAAGUAUAA